AUGGCAGAUGCUGAACUGCUUCAGCGAGCAGAGCGCUUGCGCUUGCAAGCCACCGAGCUGGUUUUGAAGAAAUGCGUGGCUACAAGUGCUGAGGAGGUGGAUGUACCUGUUCUGGAGGCUGCUGUGCAAGACGCGCGCCAGCUAGAAAGAGUGGAUGAAGAGCUGUUGGCAUCUGCCGAAGAAAUGCUUGCGAUUGCACAAGCAGUUGGCCUCACAGAGAAGCCAGAAGUGCUGAAAGAGCGUCUCUUCAAUGCAGUGAAUGAUGGUGACCUUGCAGUUGCUGUCGCAUGCUUGGAGGCCAAUGCUGGAACCGCAGUGCAGCUUCAGAUAGACGUCAUGGAUGAGGAUGGAAAUACUGCUCUCUCUGAAGCAGCAUGUUACGGAGAAGUUGAGCUGGUUGAAUUUUUCUUGUCCAAGGGAGCUCAUCCAGAUACGCAAAAUGAACUUGGUCGUACGCCGCUUUGGAGAGCGUGCUACAAUGGCCAUCAUGAUAUUGUGAAGCUCCUGCUUGAAAGUGGCGCUGACAAAUCGAUUGCAAGCAACACUGGCGAGGAGCCUGGCAAGCACGGCAGUGCGGAGACCAAAGCUUUGAUCGCGGCAUGGGACCCUGAAGAGACGAUAAAGCUGAAGGCUUCGCGAGGAUUGGGCGCAUGGCGCAAGAAGACGGAAAAGGCUCCUGCUGCAAAGCCGGUGAUGGCCCUCAGCAAAUUGCAGGAGAGUCUCCAAAGCGGAGAAGAGCCUCUUUGGCCCUUGAAAGUCCGAUUGGUGGAGCUGCCUUUGGCGCUGUCUGCGGCCCACGACUUCGGCAAGGUACCUCUGGUGGUGGCCAACGGAGUGGAGGAGGUGGAACGGUAUUUGCUCUACUCCUGUGAAGGGUUGAUCGAUGGGAAGCAACUCAUCGGCGAAGUGUUCAUCAAGAAGAACAAAACCGUGGAAGAAGCCACAGACAUGCUUCGUGACCAGCUCCUGUCCGCCAUGGAGACCCACGGAAUUGGUCUUUCUCUCCACGUUCGUAUGGGCGAUGCUGCCUGUGAUUUGGGGCGCUUCUGUGUGGAGAAGGUCUUUCCGGCUGAAGUCUUUGGGGGGCCACGCAGGUGGAACAGUGAUGAGGUUCAGCGGCAGUUCCCGGAAGCUGGAAUUUCCCUUCAGCCAGAUUUUCGUUUGGUAGUGAGCACUCGCUUCAAUUUGGAAGAUUGCAGGAUGCAUUUGGCUGACAAGCUUCCUUACUUUGCAGAUAUGGCGAUCAUUGAAAUCGAUCCGGAUUCUAUUGGUUGA